UCUCUCUCUGUUGCGGUUUCUUGGAAGAAAGGAAAGAGGUUUUGUUUGUGUGGUGUUGUUAUUGUUGUGCAUGACGAGAGCUUCGGGGCUGUUCUACAACAGGAGGUCGCGUUUCGUCGGCCGAAAUACUGGUAUCGAUUUAGGGCUCGAUUCAUCUCUUGAUCGGAGUUCCACCUUCCACCACCAGACUCAAGGCAAUCGCCGCCGCCGCCGCCACCACCAACAACAUCAUAGCAACUCUCGUCGUGAUCGUCACGAUCUGGACGGCUUUGAACCUCUCCCUCGGUCUCCACACAUCAUCAGGCAAUCGUCUCAUCAUCGCUCUUCUCAUCUUGAGCGUGAUACAGUUCAACUCGAUGAAGGUAGCAGCCAAUCUUCUUCAGAAAACAUUAUCAAUUCAGAUAAUGUUAAUGCCUUGCGCAAUAGGCUCAGGCUCAAUGGGAAUGAGAGGCUUCCUGGAGCUGUGCUACUUGCAAGGGAAAGGCUUCUUGAAAGAUUGAGAGGUGUAUCUCUAUCUGGAGACAGGCAAAGCAACACGGCUUCAUCAGGCAUCAAUCGUAGUGAUCUCACAUUUUGGGAUGCUUUUAGGCUCAUUGUUGCAGGAGACUUGGAGACUGAAACUUCGAGGGAAUGGUUAUCUGGAGACAUCCUCUAUACUGAUCCAAUGUCUCAAACUGACCAGCUUUUAGGGCCACAAGAAAUUAGCAAUAGACCACCUGGACUCACUCAGGAGGCCCUGGGCUGUUUGCAGAUGGAGGUUUUCAGCAAUACCGAAUGCAGUGAUGAAGCAGAAAAGUCAAGGGCAUCACGAGAAUGUGGUAUAUGUCUGGAGAGUUUCCUGGAAGGAGAUGAGCUGAUAUGUUUGCCAUGCGGGCAUAAAUUCCACUCCUGCUGUUUGGAUCCCUGGGUUCGGACUUGUGGGGAUUGCCCUUACUGUCGAAGAGGUAUUGUUGUAACUAGUCCUAUAGAGCAAUGAAAAAACAUAAUAACCUUUCAUUGAUAUGCGGCUGUGUUAGGUUUUCUUACACCUUAGCAGAGAUUUGGAACUUGGCCUCAUUAGAGUGCAGUUGAUUUCUUUGUAUUUUAAAGAGUGUGUUUGAUUUAUGAUCUAAAGUAGUAGCUGUGGCUUAAUUUUAUUGUAAAUCAGGAUAAAUGAUAAAUCUAAAUAUUAAUGGAAGUUUAAACUGUCACUUGCUGUGUUGACU